ACUGCCGGGGAGCUAGCGGCUGGUCGCCGCCCAGGGGUGGACCCUGCGCGGCGGAAGGCGCGGCCCGGGCGCCCGCCCGAUGGGGCGGGAGGGGCGGGCCGCUGCUGCGUCCCCGCCCUGUGCUCGGGCCGGGCCGGGAGGGUCCCGGGGCGUGUGGCCGGGCCGGCUGGUGAGACAGUCCGGGCAGAAGCAGCAGCGCCAUGCGCGCCCCUCCUGCCAGGGCGCUGCUGCUGAUUCCGCGCCGGGGCCCUGCCGUGCGAGCGUGGGCCCCGGCCGUCUCCUCUCGGACAUGGCUGGCUUCUGAAUGGACCCCGCUCGUACGCGCGUGGACCUCUCUGAUCCACGAGCCGAGCCCGGGCCUCCGCGUUCCCGCGCCCCUAUCCGCGCUGCAUGGCGGCGUGGGGCGGUGGGCCACCUUCUCGGGGGCCCGUAGGUGCUGCUGGGUUCUGGCAGGAUCCCGGGCCGCGCAUCCCCUGUUCACCAGGCUCCAGGGAGCAGCCGCCACCGGGGUGCGAGACCUUGGGAACGACUCGCGGCGGCGGCCGGCGGCGACCGGGCGCUCAGAAGCGUGGAAGCUCCUGGGGCUGGUGCGCCCCGAGCGCGGGAGGCUGUCAGCUGCAGUUGGCUUUCUGACCGUGUCCAGCGUCAUCACCAUGUCUGCUCCCUUCUUCCUGGGGAGGAUCAUUGAUGUCAUCUACACCAACCCGAGCGAGGACUAUAGCGACAGCCUGACUCAGCUCUGUGGCGCGCUCACCUGUGUGUUCCUGUGCGGCGCUGCCGCCAAUGGCAUUCGUGUCUACCUCAUGCAGUCAUCAGGUCAGAGCAUUGUGAACAGGCUGCGCACCUCACUGUUCUCCUCGAUUCUAAGGCAAGAGGUUGCUUUCUUCGACAAGACCCGCACGGGCGAAUUGAUUAACCGCCUCUCCUCAGAUACCGCCCUCCUGGGGCGCUCCGUGACUGAGAACCUCUCUGAUGGCCUGAGGGCUGUGGCCCAGGCCUCUGUUGGUGUUGGCAUGAUGUUUUUUGUGUCACCAAGUCUGGCCACCUUCGUUCUGAGCGUGGUACCUCCCAUCUCUGUCCUUGCUGUGUUUUAUGGGCGAUAUCUACGGAAACUGUCCAAAGCCACCCAGGACUCAUUGGCAGAAGCCACACAGCUAGCUGAGGAGCGAAUCGGAAACAUAAGAACCAUCCGAGCUUUUGGGAAGGAGAUGACAGAAGUGGAGAAGUACACCGGCCGAGCGGACCAGCUGCUGCAGCUGGCACAGAAGGAGGCCUUGGCACGGGCCGGCUUCUUUGGAGCAGCUGGGCUCUCGGGAAACCUGAUUGUGCUGUCUGUCCUGUACAAAGGAGGCCUGCUGAUGGGCAGCGCCCAUAUGACAGUGGGCGAGCUCUCUUCCUUCCUCAUGUACGCUUUCUGGGUUGGAUUGAGCAUCGGAGGUCUGAGUUCAUUCUACUCCGAGCUGAUGAAAGGCCUGGGUGCUGGCGGACGGCUCUGGGAGCUGAUGGAGAGACAGCCGCGGCUGCCUUUUAAUGAGGGGAUGGUGUUAGAUGAGAAAACCUUCCAGGGUGCCCUGGAAUUCAGAAAUGUGCACUUCUCGUACCCUGCUCGCCCAGAGGUGUCCGUGUUCCGGGAUUUCAGUCUUUCCAUCCCGUCUGGAUCUGUCACAGCACUGGUUGGCCCUAGUGGUUCUGGGAAAUCAACAGUGGUCUCGCUCCUGCUGCGGUUAUAUGACCCUGAUUCUGGAACAGUCAGUCUUGAUGGCCAUGACAUUCGUCAGCUAAACCCCGUGUGGCUGAGAUCCAAGAUUGGGACAGUCAGUCAGGAGCCAGUCCUGUUUUCCUGCUCUGUCGCUGAAAACAUUGCCUACGGUGCUGACAACCCCUCCUCAAUCACAGCCCGGCAGGUGGAGAGGGCCGCAGAGGUGGCCAAUGCCGCUGAGUUCAUUCGUAGCUUCCCACAGGGCUUUGACACUGUGGUGGGGGAGAAGGGCACCCUCCUGUCCGGUGGGCAGAAGCAGAGGAUCGCAAUAGCCAGAGCUCUGCUGAAGAACCCCAAAAUUCUUCUCCUUGAUGAAGCAACCAGUGCCCUGGAUGCUGAGAAUGAGCACCUGGUCCAGGAGGCGCUGGACCGCCUGAUGGACGGAAGAACCGUGCUGAUCAUAGCCCACCGCCUGUCCACCAUUAAGAAUGCCAAUUUUGUCGCCGUCCUUGACCAAGGGAAGAUCUGUGAACAUGGGACACAUGAAGAGCUGCUUUUGAAGCCCAAUGGGCUUUACAGAAGACUGGUGAACAAGCAGAGUUUCGUGUCAUAUAAUGGAGCAGAGCAGUUCCUGGAACCUGCGCGGGUGUAGCCUGAAGUCUAGGUAUUGGGCAGCUGAAGCAGAUGGUCUAUGACUCCUUCAUUGUGUACUUGUCAGUACCCUGUCUAAAGACAGACCAAGCAGCAGUUAGUGGUGGGCUGUCUGAGAGACCUUAAAACCGAACAGCAUUGGAGAGGACAGAUCUGAAGCCUGUGCGUAUACUUCAGUAAUUUGAAGUAUGUCUCCUUUUGCAAAGAAUGUACAAUACCGUUCUAUGAUGAUGUACCAGUCCUCCUGGAUCUUUAUUCACUUGUAAAAUCGUAACUCUCUAAAUGUCUAAAGCACUGAAGUGACUGCAGGUGUCCAGGGUUUGUUAGCCGAGCAGAACACCUCACUUCCUGUGUGUGCUGCCAGGGUCGAGUUGUUCUCAGGUGACAACUUUAAAAAGGGAAUUAGAAACCAAAGGCCUAACUAAGCCGGUUUGCUAGUCACUGGGGCCCCUGAGGGAAAGUUUGCCUUGUCUGUCCCCCAUUAUCUUCAGGUGUCAGGGCUCUGGAUCACCACAAGGCUGUACCUGUCAGAAUGUGUAGUGCUCACCGUUUGGGCACUCAAAAGCCUGAUGCAUUUUUGCCAAAGGAAGAAGUCCCGUUCUGUAAACUGGAAAGCUUCUAUUUUUUUAUUACCUCAUUUCAUGAUUCCUUUUGAGAAGCAAGAUACAAAUGACCAGACCUCACCCACGAGGUGAAUGAGAACCCAUGUCGCAUUUGCUGAAGCAUGCAUUUUGAAAGAAAAAAAAUAUCCAUUUUAAAUAUGUAAUUCCCAAGUCUAUUGUAGUUUUAUAUCUUAAACUUUUAUUAAUAAGGCUGGAUCUGAAUAAUACAAUUUUCAGCCUUGAGUGUGGUGGCCCUUGCAGAAGCAAGGCAGCAAAAGGCACCGCAGCCGCUGGGGCUCCAUAGUUAGGAUGCACGUUGCCCUGCCUGGUACUCUGAGUUCUGCCACCUUCAGAAGUCGACCUGCCCUGCCCUGCCAAGCACAAGAGAACCUCUAAUGAGUGCCAGGGUGUGUGUGUGUGGGGGGGGAUGAGACACCGCUGGGCCUGGGGGAGGGGGCUCUAGGGGACAGAGGCUCCUGAACUGUUUAUUGUGUAGAUGUGGAUCCUGUGAAGGAACAACCUAAACCCAAGAGGGUAAUUGUUGCAGCAUUCAGUUCAUGUUGAAGAUUUCAACAGUCAUGAAAUAAGUGCUCUGGUUUCCAAAAAGAGAAGAGUAUAGUGGCUCACCCCCUGCCCCAGCACUUGGGAAGCCAACCCUGUGUUACAUAGUGAGUUUUAAGACCAGUCAGUGCCUAAGACUUUGUUUCAAACAUUUGAAGAGUUUGGAAGUCCCACUCCACGGUGUACAUGGAACCUGAAUGUGGAGCCGCCCUUGCUCCUGUCCUUUGCCACCUACAGAGCCACAGCUCCUACAGCAAUGACAGAGGCCAAUGAAUUUGCUCUCUCUCUCUCUUUUUUUUUUUUUUGUAUCUGUGCUGUUAACUGGGUGUUGCCUCAGGAGGAAGUGCUUUUUUCUGCUAGUGAUGUAGAGCCUGAGGCGUGGUGGUCCUGGGGUGGGUAGACAGCAUGUCUGUGACAGUCAACUUCCACUGUCCAUUGGCUCCGCCCCUCAUAGGGUGUUCUCAGAACUCAGAGCAGCUGCAGAUCAGGCUGGUGGGAAAGUAUUACAAAGAUUGAAUUGAGUCAUUGCAUUUUAUUUCUUAAUAUGUUUAACAUUUUAUAUCAGAUUAAAAUUUAUAGUGAACUUAA